AUGGGCCGUCGUCCAGCUCGCUGCUAUCGCUACAUCGGUAACAAGCCAUUCCCAAAGUCUCGCUUCUGCCGUGGUGUCCCAGAUCCACGUAUCAUCCGUUAUGAGACAGGCGUCAAGAAGGCUCAUGCUAAGGAACUCCCAAUCUGCUGCCGCCUUAUCCUUCUCGAGCGUGAAAACGUUUCAUCCGAAGCCCUCGAAGCAGCUCGUGUCAGCACAAACAGAUACAUGAUGAAGUCAAUGGGCAAGGAAGGUUAUCACAUCAGAAUCCAGCUUCACCCAUUCCACGUUCUCCGUAUCAACAAGAUGCUUUCCACAGCCGGUGCUGAUAGACUUCAGACAGGUAUGAGACACGCUUACGGUAAGCCAGAAGGCCUCGUCGCACGUGCUCACUACAACUCCCAGAUCAUGUCCAUCCGUACAAUUCCAAAUGGUCUCAAGCACGCCAUCGAAGCCCUCCGCCGUGGUUCAUACAAGUUCCCAGGCCACACAAGAAUUGUCAUCUCCAACAAGGUCGGUUUCACACCAUACACCUUCGAACAGUUCAAGGAACUCCAGGCAAACGGCAAGAUCAUUGACUGUGGCAACCACGUCAAGCGUGUCUACCGCCGUGGACCAAUCCCAACACACUAA